CUCACCUCUCCCUCAGUGUGUGUGUGUGUGUGUGUGUGUGUGGGUGUGUGUGUGUGUGACCGAUAACGCAUCACUUCACUACUCUGUGGAAAAAAAUGAGCUGACUGCCCCUGUACACACCCCUUUUAUUUUGAAAUGCGGUGCAGUGGGAAACAUGAGCUCUCUGCAGAAGGUGUCCCGCACUAACGCUUUUCAGCAACGGCGAACACGGAAUCCCAGCAUGAAAUCCCUAAUCCAUCAGUGCCACUGAAAACAUGACCAUUUUGCCAUCUCUGCUCAGCUGCUUCUGGACUAAAUAUGACAAACUGUGGCAGCGUUUCCUCGGGAAUAUGACAUUCUGCCAGGGAGCCCCUUGCCCAGGCAACGUGAUCAGUUGAGCGCUGGCAAGAAAAACCACCUCAUCUACCAAUGAACUGGAGGAGCAUUGAUCUCCUGCUCUGGGAGCAGCGGGAAACGGCCGAGAGUUCCGCUGGUCGGGGGAAGCGAUGAGACAUGAGUGUUGUCAGCCUGCCGGACCCUUAACAAACCCAGAACACACCCAACAGAUUUCCAAUGGUUCCUGCUGAGAACGCGAGUGUUCUCUCCGCCGCGGAGCGCUGUCCCAACUGCAGCUCCCCCGCCGGCCCCGAGGUGGAUGUGACCAAGGUGGUGGUGCUGGGCGUGGUGCUGGUGGUGUUCGCCGUGUUCGGGGUGCUCGGCAACAUCCUGGUCAUCCUGUCCGUGCUGUUCCACCACCACUGGCGCUCGGUGACGCACUACUUCAUCGCCAACCUGGCGGCGGCCGACCUGCUGCUCAGCUCCGCCGUCCUGCCCUUCUCCGCCACCUCGGAGGCCCUGGGCCGAUGGGUGUUCGGCCGGACCUUCUGCGGCGUCUGGGCCGCCCUGGACGUGCUCUGCUGCACCGCCUCCAUCCUGAGCCUGUGCGUGAUCUCCAUCGACCGCUACCUGGCCGUCAGCUACCCGCUCCGCUACCCUGCCAUAGCUACGGGGCGGCGGGGCCUGACUGCGGUGGCCGCCCUCUGGGGACUCUCCGCAGCCAUAUCCGUGGGCCCGCUGUUCGGCUGGAAGGAGCCCGACCCGGAGGACGAGACGGUGUGCCGAAUUACGGAGGAGCCCGGCUACGCCCUGUUCUCGGCAUUGGGGUCUUUCUACGUACCUCUGGUCAUCAUCCUGGCCAUGUACUGCCGCGUGUACACCGUGGUGAAGAGAGAGACGAACACCAUCAGGAAGGGCAGCGAGGGAGAAGGGGUCGAGACGGAGGGGGUGGUGCUGAGGAUACACAGAGGGCACGCCGCUCAGACGGGGAAACAGGAGGACGACGAGGGGCUCAAGAGGCAUAAGCGCUCCACCUUCCCCCUGCCGAGGCUGCUGAAGUUCACGAGGGAAGAGAAGGCGGCCAAGACGCUCGGCAUCGUGGUCGGGUGCUUCAUUCUGUGCUGGCUUCCCUUUUUCCUGGUUUUACCCAUCGGGUCCAUCUUCCCCGCCUGUAAGCCCUCAGAAGCCAUCUUUAAAAUAACCUUCUGGCUGGGUUACCUCAACAGCUGCAUUAACCCUGUUAUCUACCCCUGCUUCAGCCAGGAGUUCAAGAAGGCCUUCGUCAACGUGCUGCGCGGCCGCUGCCUGAGAAGCGCCAAGCCCCCGGGACACCCCGCCGUCACCCAGGCCUCCAGCUCAGGCCUCGCGACCAAAGCCUCCGAUCCCUCGGCCCGAAGCGGCGGCGCCACCGCUUCCGCUCGGUGCUGCUGCUGCUGCUGCUGCCGCCGCCGCUGCGGGGCCCCGCCAACCGCCUCGCCGCCCGCCGCCGGCGGUCCGGCUCAGAGCGCGCAAAUCCAGAGGAGGAGUCUGCUGAAGGCGUGGUGGUUCUCCGCGAGCCGGACGCCAGUCCCACGGAGCGCCUCCUCCCCGUCCUCCUCCUCCUCCUCCUCCCGCCGAUCGACGAAGGUCUUGUGUCUUUCCCUCGGGACCAAAGGAGAAGCCGUGUGACUGUCACGCGGAGGAGCUGCCGAGCCAUCUGCUGCUUUAGUUCCUCGCGUCGGGAGCGCGGGGCCGGGCCAAAAGAGAGAUGUUCCCACGGAGAAAGCAGACGGCAGCUCUGUUGAACUUCGAGCGGCGUGCCAGCUUAAACGCCCGGCGUGACAGACACUACAUGACUUUGGAAGGUGACUGAAUAAUAUUUGUUUUAAUACGGUCAACAGCCGCGACUAAGCUGCUCACAACGGGGCCCCUAAGAGUCGAAAUGAUCAGGACGAACUAAUCAAGUAGACGACUGUGAAGUACGAACGCGCUCAAGAGACUUGUUGAUGACGUCAACCAAUUUCUUGGCAAGGUCAGUGGAGAUACAACCAUCUGUGUUUGGCGAGGACCAAAAGAGGUGAAUCAAUCUUACUGAAAUGACAUUGUGAAAGAACCCCAGAGACAUUUUCUUUCUUUGGAUAUUGGCGGAUUGGUUUUGCAGCUCGGCUAAAAUCCCCGUAGGGCGAGAUGCUCGCGCGUGAGACUAAUGCAUCAUCGUUCGCCGACUGUGAAAGUGGCGCCCGAGUGUUUGUCUUUACAGUGUCCCCGGAGAGCGAUGACUCUGCGGCGUAGUACAGUUCAGCUUGUAGUUGUUCACCGCUUGUGACGUGGCGUCAACCGCGAAAAGGUGUUGCUGUGUUCGCACGGAGCACGAGGUGUCCAACUUCCUCGCUCACUUUCUUGCCGAGCCCUUCUCCUCCUUCGCCCGCUCACGUUACAAAUUGCAACUCGUGUCAAAAAAGCUCAGCCACAACAGUUUCGUCCUGCAUUUCUGCUACGACGCCGAUACGACGUCCGACGAGUGCUGAUUGACAACACGUCGCAUGAAUAGUUCACCUCGAGUUGAAGCAACCAAUUUCGUGUCGUGGCGCUAUUUGUGUCUUUGCAUGUGAUCCCAUGGCUGGAAAAAUUCGCGUUGGGUGUGAUCGCACCGCUAUUGUCUGCGAUGGACCGUCUGCGUCGGCAGCUCGGUCCGGAACAAAAUGUCGUCAUUGUCUGGUUGGUUGAAACUGAUGCAUGGACAAUUCAAUCAGCAACUUUCCGAUGUCUCUCGUUUUUCUGUAUCAUGCGUCUGUACUGUAUUCUGUCUUUUACGGCUGCGUUUGCUGAUUGUUGGCCACUAGGGGGCAGGAUGACUCCAAGGUUUGGAAUUCAGCUCACGAAAUCACAGCGCGACCGGUAUAUAAAUAGGUGACAUUACGUAAAAGGAAUAUUAAUUUCCAAGAAACUAAAAGACGGCGAAGGAAGCUAUAAAAAUAUAUGACUUGCAACCUUUGAAAAAGGGCGAACGAUUAUCAUAGCAUAUGCCCGACAGAGAGUUAGCGUUGACCCUCACGAAUAACGGCCGGGAGAGACGAUGAAUCAAAAUCUCUCCGACAAGCCAAUCAUAAAAGAUUUACAGAGGGUUUUAAUGCAGGUUGUAUUAUAUUGUAUUGUGUGAUGUCACAUCCUAUGGAUGUCUAUGUUGUGUCAAGCCACUCUUGUCUUUAUUGAAAUUAGCAAAACAAUGCUUGUUGCACAUAAUCUAUCCAAAAAAAUACAUUGAAAUAAUGUGAUUCAUUAAAAAACAUGUCAUGAACCCUGAUUAAUAACAUUAAAAAUGACGAUUCACGCGUCCUUCCAAAAAAGUUGUCACACACACGUUCCUUCUCCUUCGCUCUUAAUCCUCCGCUCCCCCUCCGUCACGAACAGAGUUGUUUUUCCUUUGCCGGGUUUUGGAUUGAAGACUUUAUUGUUCUAGCCUGCAGACAACAGACCUGUGAUGAAUACCUGAGAACGCUUAUCAGGGGAACGCAGGAUGUCCAUGGCUUUUUCUCCGGAGACAAAAGGAUUUUUCCAGUCACCCAAGGUUUUAAGGGGCACAAUGAGAAGUUGGAAUUUGCACUUUUCAAAAAGUGCCACUUUGCACAGCGACUGCUACGAGGACGACGUCUCCGUUUGAACCCCUGUAAGCUCCCGCGGUUCACGACUGCGUGGCGACUACACUUCUUGUCUCGGGGUAACGGAUGAACAUGCAGCAUUCAUAUUUGGAGAUUACGCGCAGCCAAGGUCUCAAUGUCAUGCUGCAUUAGGCAACAGCAAGAAGGAGAUGCUUCAUUAAGGGGGCCUGACUGAAUGCAAAUAUAUAUAUAUAUAUGAAUAUAAUAGAGAAUAAUAAUAAUAAUAAAGAAAAGGAAAAUCUUUAAAGCUAAUAAAUCACAACACAAUGUCAGCCGAGUCAAGGCAGAGUCAACAGAGCACUGCUUGAUUUCCGUGUGUGUGUGUGUGUGUGUGUGUGUGUGUACACCUGUAUUUGUUGUUUGACGCGCUGCCUGUCAUUUUUGCCACCCAACAAAGCAGCACCGGCAUUCCAACAUUGUCGCAGCAGCUGUCACAUUAGCGCAGACGCUGUCGUGAUGAAUGGAUCCAGGCUCCCCGUUCCCGGGGGGAAAAACAACAAGCGUGUACUGUUUGACCUAAUCAGUUGACUUCCAGCAAAGUGACGUUCCGUUGCACGUGGCAGUCGUGACUAAUAAGGAUGUCGAGCAGCGAGUUAAGCGGACGACAAGCCAACUGCAUCGGGAAGUCGGAGGGAGAGAGGCCUCAUUAUUUGCAAUGGGGGGGAAAAAAUUAUCCUCCGGUUCCUCACAGUUUGUUUACCAAAUGCUUUUCCCGUGUAUAACGUCACAAUGCUGCAGAAUGUCUUGUUCUGACGUUGGAGCAAAUCUGUUCAAACGGAGCAACCCACUUUGCGAACUGCAGCUCCUGGCGUCAGAGGAUUACUGGACAACAUUGUUGUACGGUUCCACUGCUCAUUAGCAUAUUUGAAUCUACCAACUUGUACAGCAGCUCGAUAGCGAUAACUGAAAUAUGGCAAAACAUGUACGACAAUGACUCCUGAAAUGCAACAAAAAAAAAGUCGUUCCAUCUGACAGGCGUGGGACAAAUACAUAUUUACAGAACGUACUUUGUAACCUAUGUGCUUUUACUUAAGCUGGGUUAUUCUGAAGGCAGGAUCUGAGUACUUAUACAUACUUUUACUCUAGUAUAGGAUCUGAGCACAUCCUCCACCCACCACUGAUACUUGUAAUAAUCGUUAUUAUCAUUUUAAACACGUCCACGAUCUGCCCAUGACCUUCACCCAGUAACAUUAGCUCUCAUACCUUUCCUCAUAAAUGUCUUCUGCGUAGAAUUUCUCAUCUAGUUCAUGGGAGAUGUAUGAUUGGCCAGGGGGUCCUCGCGGGGGACAUGGAUCUGCUCUCAGUCUGUGAGGAUCAGAUGAAAUGGAGGAUUUUCAUUUGCACAGUUUUGAAUGUCAGCGUGAACGAUUGACAGAAUAUAUGGAAGCCAUUACUCUGAUGGUCAGAUGAAAAAUAGCUUUGAUUUGCAGACUUGCCAACCCAGUCAUGGAGCUCCUGACGUGACUCGAAGCAGCCACUAGGGGGCAAUGUGUUUCACACAAGAAGGACCGUCAUCUCCAUAUAGCAUAGCACACACGGAGGUGAGUCAAUAUCAUCAUAUUGUGACUGUACAUUUAACCAUGUCACGUAAGAGCAAUAAAGAUGAUCCAUCCUAAUGAAAAUCCAGGUCCAUCUUGAGUUUUGCCUUUAACAUGUUCCUUUAAAAAAUGCCUGCGUGGAUUAAACCUG